AUGGAAACCAGGAAGGAGAUGGUGAUGUUUCUGGAGGGGACUACUCUUGGCGCUCUAGUUGGCAAGAGGGUGCCUAAUUUGUCCGAAGCAGUGGGGAGCCCCGCUGCAGAGCCGCAGGAGAAGAUGAUCCAUCGGAACUGCAUCAGCCCCAGACCUGGCCCCUUGCCGUCCCGGGAGAGAGGAGGAGGAGGAGGUGGCGGAGGAGAAGAUGAAGAGGAGGUGGAGGUGCUGCCAGGGACAGGGACGGUGCCGGAGAGCCGCUCGGCGGCGGCAGCACUGCUUUCGGCCGGACAGCAGCCCCCCGCCACGGAGCUCGCCUCCAGCAAAGGGCAGCAGAGCAGCUCGGACACCGAAUCGGAUUUCUAUGAGGAAAUCGAGGUGAGCUGCACCCCGGACUGCGCCACGGGGAGCGCCGAGUACCAGCACAGCAAAGGGCCGUGCUCCGAGGCGCUGGCCGGCAGCCCCAGCGGCGGGGGGGAUCACCCCAAGGGCAGCGGAGGCAGCGGCGGCUCCCAGGGCUCGCUUGCCUGCAGCGCCAGCGACCAGAUGCGCCGCUACCGCACCGCCUUCACCCGCGAGCAGAUUGCCCGGCUGGAGAAGGAGUUUUACCGGGAGAAUUACGUGUCCAGGCCCCGGAGAUGUGAGCUGGCGGCUGCUCUAAAUCUGCCAGAAACCACCAUCAAGGUUUGGUUCCAGAACCGCAGGAUGAAGGACAAGCGGCAGCGCCUGGCUAUGACCUGGCCUCACCCGGCCGACCCGGCGUUUUACACGUACAUGAUGAGCCACGCGGCGGCCACCGGGAACCUGCCGUAUCCAUUCCCGUCCCACCUGCCCCUGCCCUACUACUCCCACAUGGGCAUCGGCGCCACAUCGGCCUCCGCCGCCUCCCCCUUCAGCACCCCCCUGAGGCCUCUGGACACCUUCAGGGUCCUCUCCCACCCGUACCCGAGACCAGAACUGCUGUGCGCCUUCAGACAUCCCUCUCUGUACCCUGCCCCAACUCAUGGACUCAGCAGCGCCGGGGGCAACCCCUGCUCCUGCCUGGCAUGCCACAGCGGCCAGUCUAACGGGCUGGCGCAGAGACCCUCCGGAUCAGACUUUACCUGUUCGGCCACAACCAGGACUGACUCCUUCCUCACUUUCACUCCCUCUGUGCUGAGCAAAGCCACAUCAGUUUCCAUGGACCAGAGAGAAGAAGUACCUUUAACGAGAUAAACCUUUGUCUCAGGGUUAUUAAACACUCAUUCCUUUCCCGGACUUCUCUUCGAGUUAAUGUACCUACAGCCCAG